AUUAGCGGCACUAUUGACAUUUGACGUAAUUGUCGAGGUUAUGUUUACCCUAUAAAAUGCUAACGUCCAGACACCGCUCCCGCUCCCCCGAUUCCCGGGGGCACCGCUCCAGCCACCGCCGCCACCGCUCGCGCUCGCGCUCCCGCCACCGCUCCAAGUCCACCGCCAACGGUUUCGAUAAGCACCGCCGCACCGAGGACGAAUUCCUGGAGUCCCGACGCCAGGAGCGCGAAAUAAUCGGGAUGCGUGAGCACGCCGACAUCUGGGGCAAAUCCCCCGAGCCCCAGGACUCCGAAUCCGACGUCGAGGACUUGAGCAACCUCCACAAGGAAAAGAAGAAGAAAAAGGAGAAGAAGAAGUCGCACAAGAAGGACAAGAAACACAAGAAGAAGAAGAAGAAGAGAAGGAAGUCGAGCAGUGAGAGCAACGAAGAGGAAUGGGUGGAGAAGAGCGCGUUGUCGAAAGCUGAAGUGCACUCAGACAAUGAUGAUGGGAUCGUGGGGCCUCUGCAGAAGGCGCACGCCACGCUUACCCACAAGGAGAUGGGGAAGGCGCUGCUGCCUGGCGAGGGGGCCGCGAUGGCCGCUUAUGUGGCCGAGGGGAAGAGAAUCCCGAGGAGAGGCGAAAUUGGGCUGACUUCGGAUGAGAUUGCGUCGUUUGAGAGCGUGGGGUAUGUGAUGAGUGGGUCGAGACACAGGAGGAUGGAGGCUGUGAGGAUCAGGAAGGAGAACCAAAUUUAUUCGGCGGAUGAAAAGAGGGCGUUGGCGAUGUUCAGCAAGGAGGAGAGGCAGAAGAGAGAGAAUAGGAUUCUGGGGCAAUUUAAAGACAUGAUUAGUUCGAAGUUGGCUGACAAGCAAAACUGAAAUUUUGUUUCUAAACGUAAUUCUAUUGGUGUUAGUUAUAAUAUUGAGGACUUUUGAUUUUAUUUUGUAAAUAUGUUACUUGUAAAUAUAUUUUUUGUUGAAAAAAAAAUUCUCCCCUAAUCCACAAAUUAAAUAA